AUGGAGGCUGAAUUUUACAUGGCGAUUCUUACCUGCUUGAUCUUCGGGACCUCAGAGGGGUUUCAGAUUGUCCAUACCCGGAAACAACAGUGCCUUCUCGAAAAUAAGGUAGUGUCCAUGGGCUUGUGCAACGAGACCAACCAGAACCAGCAGUGGAUGUGGACUGAGGAUGGAAAACUCCUUCACCUAAAAUCUGCGCUGUGCCUGGGCAUCUCCAAUUCCUCUGGUGGCCCUUCCCGAUCAGCCAUCUUUGUACACUGCUCCCAGGCACCGCGAUGGACUUGCCAUGAGAAAGAAGGGUACCUUGAGGUGGAACAUACCUCUCUCUUUCUCAAGAAACAAGGCAAUAAGGCAGUGGUCAAGAAGGACAAGAAAUACCUCCAUAGCUGGAUGAAAACAGAGGUCAACAAGGAAGGAAAACCAGCCAAUGAAAACCUCUGCUUAAAAAAAGCUGGCCUGGGAGCAGAAGUUUCAGUAAGAAGCAUUAGAAACACAGCUCCUCCCCACACUCCCACUGCUAUUAAUGCUGUUCCACACAGCCCGGAGCACCUCAUUAGCAACACCACAGAGGCCUUCACAGGAAGUACUGCUGAAAACUCCAGCCAAAACAGCAGCCAGAGACAGCACCCCGAUCUGCACGUGACUGGAAGUACAGAGACAUCGUGGGUUCCCUGGACCACUCAGCCCUUCUCCAGCGCCACAGGAGAGACUGGACUAGGGGAGCCAGUGAGGUGUAACUUCACAGUGACAGAUUCCAGGAUCUCCAGCCGGUCUGCAUCCAUCCAGUGGAGAACUCUGGGGCCUCCCUGUAACUUCAGCCUCUUCUAUAGCAGUGACACAUCAGGGAUCAUGCAAUGCCAUCCCAUGAGGAUAGACAACACCACCUAUGAAUGUAACCUCAAGGAUUUACAAGCGGGAACCACCUAUAGCUUCAGGAUUGUGCCUCAGGAUGGAGAAGAGAAAGCUGUUGUGUUGCAAACAGACCCUUUACCUCCUUCAAGAUUUGAGGUCAGUAAAGAGAAGGCUACUUCAACCAGCUUGCAUGUUUGGUGGACUCCUUCUGGAAGAGUCACCUGGUAUGAGGUGCUGUUAUCUCAUGAUAACCAAAAGAUACAGGAGGCCCGCAUUCAAGAAAGUGCUUCAAGGAAUGAAUAUACAUUUUAUAACCUUACUGCUGGUAAUAAAUACAAUAUUGCCAUCACAGCUGUUUCUGGACAUAAACGUUCCUCUACAAUUUAUACCAAUGGAUCAACAGUGCCUUCCCCGGUGGAAGACAUCGGUAUUUCAGCGAAAACUAAUUCGCUCCUGAUUUCCUGGUCCCAUGGCGCUGGGAGUGUGGAAAGAUACCAGCUGAUGCUAAUGGAUAAAGGGGUCCUAGUUAAUGGCACCGUCGUGGACAAACACACUACUUCCUACACUUUUCACGGACUGACGCCGGGCCACCUCUAUAACCUCACCAUUGUGACGGAGGCUGCAGGGCUGCAGAACUCCAAGUGGAAAGCAGCCAGGACAACCCCCAAUGAAGUCUUAAAUCUGAAGGUGACAAAUGAUGGCACUUUGACCUCUCUAAGAAUCAAGUGGCAAAUACCUCCUGGAAAUAUAGAUUUCUACAACGUUACCCUGUCUCACCAAGGGGCCAUUAAAAACUCCAGACAAUUAGCACCCCAGGUUACGGAAACCCAAUUUAAAGACUUAACCCCUGGACGACUUUAUCAAGUUACGGUCAGCUGUGUCUCCGGUGAAUUGUCUGCUCAGAAGAUGGCAGUUGGCAGAACAGUUCCAGAGAAAGUCGGGAACCUGGAGGCACAUAGCAAUGGUUCGCUGAGGUCCCUGGUAGUGAGCUGGUUGCCCCCUGCUGGAGACUGGGAGAAGUAUCGUAUCCUGCUCUUCAAUGAUUCCUGGGUGCUGCUCAACGUCACUGUGGGAAAGGAAGAAACGCACUAUGUCAUAGAUGGCAUGGGGCUCAUACCAGGAAGACAGUAUGACAUAGAAAUCAUUGUUGAGAGCGGAAAUCUGAAGAACUCUACGCGUUGCCAAGGCAGGACAGUCCCCCUGGCUGUCCUCCAGCUUCGUGUCAAACAUGCCAAUGAAACCUCACUGGGCAUCCUGUGGCAGACCCCAGUUGCAGAGUGGGAGAAAUACAUCAUUUCCCUAGCAGAUGGAGACCUCUUGCUCAUUCACAAGUCACUCCCUAAAGAUGCCAAAGAAUUCACUUUUACUGACCUGGUGCCUGGACGAAAAUACAUAGCUACUGUCACCAGUAUUAGUGGAGACUUAAAAAAUUCAUCUUCAGUGAAAGGAAGAACAGUUCCUGCCCAAGUGACGGGCUUGCAUGUGGCCAACCAAGGGACAAGCAGCAGCCUGUUUACUAACUGGACCCAGGCAGUGGGAGAUGUAGAAUUUUACCAAGUCUUACUCAUUCAUGAAAAUGUGGUCAUCAAAAAUGAAAAUGUCUCCAGUGAGACUAGCACAUACAGCUUCCACUCCCUCAAGUCAGGCAGUCUCUACUCCGUGGUGGUAACAACAGUAAGCGGAGGGAUCUCUUCCCGACAAGCGAUGGUGGAAGGAAGGACAGUCCCUUCCAGUGUGAGUGGAGUAACGGUAAACAAUUCUGGCCGUAAUGACUAUCUCAGCAUAUCCUGGCUGCCAGCUCCUGGAGAUGUGGAUAACUACGUAGUGACACUCUCUCAUGAUGGCAAGGUAGUUCAGUCCCUCGUCAUUGCCAAGUCUGUCAGCGAAUGUUCCUUCAGCUCCCUCAUCCCAGGCCGCCUCUACCAUGUGACCGUAACUACAAGGAGUGGCAAGUAUGAAAAUCAUUCCUUCAGCCAAGAUCGGACAGUGCCCAACAAGGUCCAGGGAGUCAGUAUUAGCAACUCGGCCCGAAGUGACUAUUUAAAGGUAUCCUGGGUGCAUGCCACUGGAGACUUUGACCACUAUGAAGUCACCAUUAAGAACAAAAACAACUUCACUCAAACGAAAAGCAUUCGCAAGUCUGAAAAUGAGUGUGUAUUUGUUGACUUAGUCCCUGGACGGUUGUACAGUGUCACUGUUAGUACAAAAAGUGGACAAUAUGAAGCCAGCGAGCAAGGGAAUGGGAGAACAAUCCCAGAGCCUGUUAAGGACCUAAUGUUGCGGAAUAGGAGCACUGAAGAACUUCAGGUGACUUGGUCACGAGCUGACGGGGAUGUCGACCAGUAUGAGAUUCAACUGCUUUACAAUGACAUGAAAGUAUUUCCUGCUUUUCACCUUGUAAAUACUGCAACCGAGUAUCGAUUCACCUCCCUAACACCAGGACGCCAAUAUAAAAUUCUUGUGUUGACGAUCAGUGGAGAUGUGCAGCAGUCAGCCUUCAUUGAGGGCUUCACAGUUCCUAGCGCUGUCAAAAAUAUUCACAUUUCUCCCAAUGGGGCAACAGAUAGCCUGACGGUGAACUGGACCCCUGGUGGGGGAGAUGUUGAUUCCUACAUAGUGUCAGCGUUCAGGCAGAAUCAAAAGGUUGACUCUCAGACUAUCCCCAAGCACGUCUCUGAGCACACAUUCCACAGGCUGGAGGCCGGGGAACAGUACCAGAUCAUGAUCGCCUCGGUCAGCGGGUCCCUGAGGAACCAGAUAGAUGUGCUCGGGCGGACAGUCCCAGCUUCUGUCCAGGGACUAACUGCAGACAAUGUCUACAGCAGUCAUUCCUUAGUAGUAAAUUGGCAAAAAGCCACUGGCGUGGCAGAAAGAUAUGAUAUCCUACUUCUAAAUGAAAACGGGAUCCUUCUGAGUAACACAUCAAAGCAAGCCUGGGCUAAGCAGCACAAAUUCGAAGACCUAACACCAGGAAAGAAAUACAAGAUACAGAUACUAACUGUCAGUGGAGGCCUCUUUAGCAAAGAAGCCCAAACUGAAGGCCGAACAGUCCCAGCAGCUGUCACCAAUCUGCAGAUCACAGAGAACUCCACAAGACACCUGUCCUUCAGCUGGACCUCCUCAGAGGGAGAGCUCAACCGGUACAACAUCUUUCUGUACAACCCAGAUAGAACUCUGCAGGAGAGAGCUCAGGUUGAUCCACAAGUCCAGAGCUUUUCUUUCCAGAAUUUACUACAAGGCCGAAUGUACAAACUGGUGAUUGUAACUCACAGUGGGGAGCUGUCUAAUGAAUCUUUCAUAUUCGGGAGAACAGUCCCAGCCUCUGUGAGUAACCUCAAGGGAUCCAAUCGGAACAUGACAGACAGUCUCUGGUUUAGCUGGAGUCCAGCCCCUGGGGACUUCGACUUCUAUGAGCUGAUUCUCUAUAAUCCCAAUGGCACAAAGAAGGAAAACAAGAAAGAGAAGGACCUGAUGGAGUGGGGUAUUAAUGGUCUUGUUCCUGGAAGGAAGUACACCCUGUGUGUAGUAACCCACAGUGGUGAUCUCAGCAACCAAGCCACAGGCGAGAGCCGAACAGCCCCAAGUCCUCCUAGUCUUAUGUCAUUUACUGAUGUUGCAAACACAUCCUUGGCCAUCACCUGGAAGGGGCCACCAGACUGGACAGACUACGAUGACUUUGAGGUGCAGUGGUUACCCAGAGAUGCGAUCACAGUCUUCAACCCCUACAGCAACAGAAAAUCAGAAGGACGCAUCGUGUAUGGCCUUCGUCCAGGGAGAUCCUAUCAAUUCAGUGUCAAAACUGUCAGUGGUGACUCCUGGAAAACCUACAGCAGACCGGUCUCUGGAUCUGUGAGGACAAAGCCAGACAAAAUACAAAACCUGCAUUGCCGACCUCAGAACUCCACAGCCAUUGCCUGUUCUUGGAUCCCUCCUGAUUCCGACUUUGAUGGGUAUAGCAUUGAAUGCCGGAAAAUGGACACUCAAGAAGUUGAGUUUUCCAGAAAACUGGACAAGGAAAAAUCUCUGCUCAAUAUUAUGAUGCUAGUGCCCCAUAAGAGGUACCUGGUGUCCAUCAAGGUGCAGUCAGCUGGCAUGACCAGCGAGGUGGUGGAAGACAGCACUAUCACAAUGAUAGACCGCCCUCCUCCCCCACCUCCACAUAUCCGUGUGAAUAAAAAGGAUGUGCUAAUUAGCAAAUCUUCCAUCAACUUUACUUUCAACUGCAGCUGGUUCAGCGACACCAAUGGCGCUGUGAAAUACUUCACAGUGGUAGUGAGAGAGGCCGAUGGCAGUGAUGAGCUGAAGCCAGAACAACAGCACCCUCUGCCCUCCUACCUGGAAUACAGGCACAAUGCCUCCAUUCGAGUGUAUCAGACCAAUUAUUUUGCCAGCAAAUGUGCCGAGAGUCCUGACAGCAACUCCAAGAGUUUUAACAUUAAGCUUGGAGCAGAGAUGGAGAGCCUGGGUGGAAAAUGUGAUCCCAAUCAGCAAAAAUUCUGUGAUGGACCACUGAAGCCGCGAACUGCCUACAGAAUCAGUAUUCGAGCUUUUACACAGUUGUUUGAUGAGAACCAAAAGGAAUUCACAAAGCCGCUCUAUUCAGACACAUUUUUCUCCUUGCCUAUCACCACUGAAUCAGAGCCUUUGUUUGGAGUUAUUGAAGGUGUGAGCGCUGGCCUGUUUUUAAUUGGCACGCUGGUGGCUGUUGCUGCCUUAUUCAUCUGCAGACAGAAAGUGAGCCACGGUCGAGAUAGGCCCUCUGCCCACCUGAGCAUCCGCCGGGAUCGAUCGUUAACUGUCCACUUGAACCUAGGCCAGAAAGGUAACCGGAAAACUUCUUGCCCAAUAAAAGUAAAUCAGUUUGAAGGGCACUUCAUGAAGCUGCAGGCUGACUCCAACUACCUCCUAUCCAAGGAGUAUGAGGACUUAAAAGACGUGGGUCGAAACCAACCGUGUGACAUUGCACUCUUGCCGGAGAACAGAGGGAAAAAUCGAUACAACAAUAUAUUGCCCUAUGAUGCCUCACGAGUAAAGCUGUCCAAUGUAGAUGAUGACCCGUGCUCCGACUACAUCAAUGCCAGCUACAUCCCUGGCAACAACUUCAGAAGAGAAUACAUUGCUACUCAGGGACCUCUUCCUGGCACUAAGGAUGACUUCUGGAAAAUGGCGUGGGAACAGAAUGUUCACAACAUUGUCAUGGUGACCCAAUGUGUGGAGAAGGGCCGAGUGAAAUGUGACCAUUACUGGCCAGCGGACCAGGAUUCCCUCUACUACGGGGACCUCAUCCUGCAGGUGCUCUCGGAAUCCGUGCUGCCUGAGUGGACCAUCCGGGAGUUUAGGAUAUGCAGCGAGGAGCAGCUCGACGCCCACAGACUCAUCCGCCACUUUCACUACACAGUGUGGCCAGACCACGGAGUCCCGGAGACCACCCAGUCCCUGAUCCAGUUUGUGAGAACCGUCAGGGAUUACAUCAACAGGACACCGGGCGCCGGGCCCACCGUGGUGCACUGCAGUGCCGGCGUGGGUAGGACUGGAACCUUUAUUGCACUGGACCGAAUCCUCCAGCAAUUAGACUCCAAAGACUCUGUGGACAUUUACGGAGCAGUGCAUGACCUAAGGCUUCACAGGGUUCACAUGGUUCAGACUGAGUGUCAGUAUGUAUACCUGCAUCAGUGUGUAAGAGAUGUGCUCAGAGCAAGGAAGCUACGGAGUGAACAAGAAAACCCCUUGUUUCCAAUCUACGAAAAUGUGAAUCCAGAGUAUCACAGAGAUGCGGGCUAUUCAAGGCAUUGAGAAUGUCCCCGAAGAUACCCUGGAUAAAAGCUAUUCACUGUGUGAUUAUUUUUUAAACUCCCUUCAUGCUCUACAGAGGUGCCAGCUAUUUCUAUUGAUACUAUGUAUAAUUUAUUAAUCUGGAGAAUUUUAAAGAAUUUAUAUAAUUUAAAAGUAACAGAUAUUAUUGUACAUAGUUGUAUUUUGUAGUUUCUCCUGUAAAUAUGUAUUUUUCCAUAAUGUUUAAUAUUAAGCUUUAUAUGAUACUAUUUUCCACACUGAGGUGUUCCUGGGUUGUUCUACGUAAGCCAAUUCAACCUGUAUGACAGGACUGCCGUACAUGGGGGCGGGGGUGGCCUCAGAGGCGAUCCCUGGGGCCGUGGUUUUUACCAGUUUUCAUAUUCACUGAACAGGAUCAAGGACAGGGCUGGAGAGAGCAUGUAGUACGCUGGCUUUGCCGCUUGCAGUCCUGAGAAUCUUGGGAUCCAAAGAUGAUCCAAAUGCUGUUUGGACAAAUAUGACAGUCAUAAAAGGGACUGAGAGGAGGAGGAGGAAGGGAUUAAGUAGCGCCAAAGCUGAAGGAGGCGGUGGUGCCUGAAGCAGUUACUCUCUCCCCUUUCUCCUGCCGGAGGUUCCAGCCUGGGGCCUGCAGUGUGAGUCCAGGCUGCAGGGUAGAGGGUUGUGGCAGAGAAGGAUGCAAACGGAAGUGGUGAAUUCCUUACAUCAAGAAGAAUGCCACCUGGAACCCUGACUGGAAACAUAAUCGACAUGCAAAGCACCAUCCAUAGUGAUAGGAGAUGAUGCCUCCACAUCAUGGCAUGGAGGGCGAGCACGCCUGCCCUGACUAUGACGCGUGUGUUGGUAGAAGUACGUACACGUGUCUUUGUCUCAUUUCCAGUGGGCUGCACUCCUGGAAAAGUCAAAAUUAUGCCAGUCAUACUGGUUUUUCUAUGAAAAGAAGAUUUUAGGAGCAGAUUAUACUCUUGAUCAAAGGACCCAACAUCAACAUUUUUAUAGAAAUAUUCACAAAAAUCACAUACAGCUAAUGGGGGGGGGGGGCAGGGAGUAGCUCAGUGGUGUUUAGUAUAAAAUUUUCCAAAAGACUUUUUUAGUAAAUCAUUGAGGUCAAAAGACACUACAUACCCUACCAAGUUUAUCUUGGGUAUUUGUGCCUAUUUUGACGACAAUAACUUCAGUGAAAGAUAAAAGCAAGAGGAAAAAUAAGCAGAAUUUUAAACUAAUGUCGCUCAGCACAAAACACAUGAAUCCAUAGAAAGACAAAUUCAUUUUGGCUUUUCAUUCAUUGAGAAAACUUGUACGAAGUGCCUGCAACCUGCCAGGCAGUGUCCAGAAACUACAUGUUUCUACCGACAUAAAAGAAUGGUUCACAGUAACAAGUUAGGGUUGUUGUUACUAUUUCCAGCUAAGCUUGAAGGAGGCCCCAGCCAGACAGCGAGGUAACUGAGCCAGGCCAGGGCAGCGGGCCGCCUUCCUCAGGCCACGCUGGCAACUGCUCAUGCUGCUCCCAUAGCAAACCACUGCAUCGAGAAAAGCCAUCAAUUAAUUACACAAACCAAAAGUUGAAACCGUAAAAACCUACACAUCUGUAGCAGUAGAUAACCCUCACAUGUCCUGGCGUAUCUGGGGUGGAAUCAGCGUUGUGGGAAUGGACACGACAAGGGAAAACUGUGUGUUCUUUUGGUCUAAUCCAGGAAACACUUAUUCUUACCCUCCACCUAUCUAAUUUUAAAUUUCCUUAGCAACAAUUACUUCACUAACUUCCCUCCUGCCGCCACCAAAGACUAAAUACAUAAUCUAGUUUAUCUAUUAAAUUUAGGAAGGGGGAAAACAGGUUUCCUUGACAUUCAGCUCAAUUGGCUGUAUUUUAAUUUAAUUCCAUCAUGUGUUAUGUCUUGGUAAACACUCCAUUUCCUGUCGUGCUGAGCACUCUGACUGUGCACCUGUGCGGGACACUUUAAUCAUCCAUCUUCAAAGUGCUUUGGAGCUAUCAAAUCUUGGGAGAGGCCCGUCUUGCAUCUUAAUAAUUAUUUAUCCAGGUUCUUUAUAAUUAACCCCUUGAAUCUCUACUCAUUAAGUCAAUUUUGUCUUAUCGUUCUCUUGUUCCGUGGAUUGCAGCCAAUUUUUCAGGUCUCCAAUUAGAUUUUUCAAAGACUCAUCUCCCUUUCUGGGCCUGCCCAUAUAUGUCCUGAGUAAUUUGCCAUUCCUUCAUGAUUAUGAGGUCCUAUUUUUCACUAUGUGUCCCCCGCUCCCUUUUUAAUAUGUUUGCUUUCCCAGUCGAAUGUGAUUUUAUUUUCUGUUCACUUUAUCUCCUCAUAUUCAUUAGUGUUUUAUAGUCCUUUCAGGCUCCAUCCAUGACCAUUUAUAAAUACUAAGAUGACCACAGCACAGACAUUUGGGAACAGUUUUAUUUGGGAGGAUCUUUAAUUAAUUCUUUAUUAUCUCUUGGAAGAAAACCCAAAAUGGCAUGUGAAAAUAAUAUAAAACUACUAAGCAGGUGUCCAGCAAUACAAAAAUAGACCUCAUAUGUUAAUACUUCACAGUCUGAUUCUCUUGCCUUAGUGUCUCAGAAAGCAGCUCCUUAUAUGAAACAUUCUUUUUACCUUUUGCAAGAACAUUAACUACCCUAUACUAAAUUCACAUUCGUUUGGCUUUGUGGGUGUUUGCAGUUGGAACCCUGAGAUCGCAACCUGUCAGGUCUGCCUUACAGCGAGCAGAGGGUCUGUGCCCCAACUCUGGAGUCCUCCAGACCUAGGUGUGAUUGCACACAUGAACCAGAGCAAACGUGGCCUGGUGCAAAGCAAUAGGUAAUAAGCUGCUUGUUUGAGGUGACAGCUCAAGGACUUGCCAGGUUCCCUUCACUGAGGAAAUGAGAGCAAUUGAUCAGCUGAAGAAACAGUGGCAAGUAGGUAGCUGUGAGCAAGCCCUCAAACCUACCUCAUUUCUGAAGAGUAAGAACGGGAAAGGCUCUCAUCAGCCCACAUUCCCUAAGUUUCUGAGUAUUCUUAACCCAAGAUUUCAAAUCAUGUCAGGUAUCCAGACAAUGUUUCACAUAAAAGGAAAAUCUGUAAGCAGUGACUGCAGAAAGCAAGUGAAAUGAUGCAAAGAAGGGGCAACAGUUGAAAAGGAGAUCUAACCAGAUAUCGUCAGGAAGAGAAACUGGCAGCCCUUCUGUCAGUCCAGUCUGUUCUUUUAAAAUGUCCCAUGUUUCUAUUAGGACCUAUUAUCCUUUGGGGAAUCACUUUGAUCACACUGGCCAGGUGAUUUACCUGAUUAAGCUAUUGAAUUGAUUCCUUUAGCUUUGUAAAUUGACCAGGUGUUUGACUAAAUUGAUUGAUUUUGAAAUUCUGAACACAUUAGUUUAGAUUUUUGUAGUGGAUGAAGCCCUUGAAAAUGUUUGGCCCUUUGAGUUAAAAUGCAGGGUAUCAUUUGAUGUAGCCAUAGUAGUAGCACGAAACUGUUCUCUUCUAAAAAUGUUUCUAGAGAUGGAAAUAUUUCUGACUAAAAGAAUACUCUCCACUCCUACAGAGGCUCCCUAGGGAUAAAUGUAUACAAUAUAAUGAGGCAUUGUGUUGUUUUAAAAGUUGUCUAUAUAGAUACAUCCAUAAAAUAAGGAAAUUGUUGGUAAAUGUUCCUAAAAUAAGAGGUUUAGGUAAUGGAAAUAAAAGAAGUCUGUUAACAGAUUUACCAAAGAUUAUUUUCAUAACCUCUAUGCCAAUGUACAUGCUCUUAUACUGGAUACCAAAAUAAGUUGUUCAAAACUGUGAAUAAUGUCCGACAAAUGUAAUGUGUCCUUUCUAGAAUAUUCACAAGAAAGGUUAGUUAUGGCUGUUUUCUGCCUUAAGUAAUUUCUUUUACGAAAUACUAUUUUCACCCUAAGAGUUAGCUUUCUGUUAUGCUAGAGAUGCUGUAUUUUAAUAGCUGAGUAAGUAGAGAAGCCUCCCAACGAGAAAGGAACCUGAGCAACUAUGGUUUUAGGAGCUUGUAGUCAAGUUGGACAGUACUUCAUCUGCAAGCUAGAAGGAGAGUCUGCAGUGGCCCCCUGCCGUUUCCUAGUCAGCCACGCUGACAGCCAGGCGCUCCAAUGUCCUUGCCUGAAGAGCUCUCGAUCGCUGGCCUUCCAGCGGAACGCUUCAGGCUUGUAAAUUCUGCAAGGACAAGGACAAAAUCUUUAAUCUCUCUCUCUUCCUACCUUGUACAAAUUAGUGAGCAGCUCACAGAUAAAGAAUAUAUACUUUUUGAGUGGAAAUUGCUCCUGGCCCUAUACUUUAGGUGGUAAGUUGUCAGUAUCUAAUAACACUAUUGCCCACAGAGGUUCAUCUGACUGUUCCUUGAUUUGUGUGAAGUGUAAAUAAAUAAGGUAAAUAAAUCCAAUAACUGAACUUGUUAUGUUCUAUAAUACAGCACUUUUAUGUUUUUAAUAUCAUGUAUCAUAUAUUCUUUCUCCACAAAUCUGGUUAUUUAAAAUGGCAAUAGAUGAUUCUAUUUUUUCAUACUAUAGUACCUCCCCCUCAAUGUUGUAUUUCUAACCAACUGUAUUUGAACAAAGAAAUUCAUUAGUCUUUCUAUUUAAAUUAUGUAUUUGCUUAAUAUAUUUUCAUACUUGUAACUGUGGUCAAAAAUUCUAUA